AUGUCGACUCCUUUAUUUAAAAGAGAUGAUCCGAAACUUGGCACAAUAAUUAUGCUGCUUUUUAUAAUUUUUGGGGAUUUUUGAAUUAUUUUUAAAUAUAAAUAGGACAAGGUAGGGGGUAUACAAAAGGAAAUGCAGGGAAUGUCUGCUUUUUAGGGUUUCCAUAUGAUGAAGGGGUGGCUAGAAAUGGAGGAAGGGUGGGAACCGAAAGAGGGCCUGAUGUGCUGAGAAGAUUUAUAUAUAAUCUUGGGCCAGUUGUAAAUCCUGAACUGGAAAUUAGCUUGCAAGAAUUUAGCAUUGGAGAUUCGGGAAAUAUUCAAGGACUUACUUUAGAAGAGGCUCAUCAAGAGUUGCAACAGCAAGUAGAAACGAUUCUUCAAGAUCCCAGCCAACCUAAUCUUUUUGUGAUAGGAGGUGGCAAAGACCAAGGAUGGCCAGACUCGAAAGGCUUUCUGACCUACUGCCAUGCUAACAGCUUCAUCCCUGUCAUAAUCAACAUAGACUCUCAUCUUGACGUAAGAAAUCUUGAUGAUGAAGGCCGUAUCCACUCUGGCUGUGCUUUUCGGAUAUUAUUAGACGAUCCAGCUUUUGCAGAACUUGGUGGAAAAUUCAUAGAGUUUGGCUCACAAGGUUCCCAAUGUGCACAAUCCCAUGUGGAUUAUGUUAAUUCUAAAGGCGGAAGGAUAAUUUGGCUGUCAAGCAUCAGAAGAAAAGUGAUAGCACCCCAAUCGUCUAUAAGAGGAUCUUUAACACAGGCAGGACAAGUGCUGGAAGAGCUGCUUGGGGAAUUUGAUGAGAAACAUAGAGUUUUUAUUUCUUUUGAGGUGGAUGCGAUUAAUAGUGCAUUUUGUCCAGGAGUUAGCUGCCCUAGUGUAGACGGAGGGUUUACAGCUGAAGAAGCGAUCGAAGUAGGGUUUGUCAGCGGGAAAAAUAGAAAAGUGACGCUUAUGGAUAUGUCAGAGUAUAACCCUGCUAUAGAGGAUUACAGAACGGGGAGGUUGCUUGCAAAUAUCUUUUAUUAUUUCUGCUUAACCUGGCUAUAUGUAUUGACUUGUGAGAUUCUAAAAUUAUUGGAAUUCGAAAUAGUGUCUAUAAUUCUUUGUUAUAUUUGAUACUAUUAUAAAAUAAAAAUUUUUUAAUGAAAGGAAAGUUAGGGGUUAAAAUCAGGACUGAAAAUUAA